AAUGAUAUGCAAACCUGGAAUGUCGAGUACUUUAAGCCAAAACUGGUUGAGCCUGUUCCCAGUGAUAUCGUAAUAUCGCGAGCACACCCUCCUAAGAACAUCGAACAGGUAGCAGAAGAGGUUGGCAUCUUGCCAGAAGAACUUGAUCCAUACGGUAGGAAGAAAGCUAAAGUAUCGUUGGAUGUACUGAAGAGGUAUAACUCCAACACCAUUUGGUGA